GGUACGUGCUAUUGGGCCGCCGUGUCACGUGAUACGAGCGACGGGCCUGGUUGUCUGCACGGCAGAGCCCGAGGGCGUCUGGUUGGGUCUGCACCCGCGAGUCCCUUAAGCUAGUCGGCGGGGACAGCGGCUGCGGCCUCGCCCUCCCUCCUUCCCUCCGGCCUAAGACUGAGUCCACGGGCUGCAGAUGGGAGGUCAGGGCCCCGAAGAUGCGGGCGGGCCGGGUCCAGGAGCCGGCGCGGGAGCUCUUCCGGGACGCCGCCUUCCCCGCUUCGGAGUCCUCGCUCUUUUUCAAUUUGUCCACUCCACUGGCCCAGUUUCGGGAGGACAUCACAUGGAGGAGGCCCCAGGAAAUCUGUACCACGCCCCGGCUAUUUCCAAAUAACCCGUGGGAAGGACAGGUGAAGCAAGGGCUGCUGGGUGACUGCUGGUUCCUGUGCGCCUGUGCUGCCCUGCAGAAGAGUCAGCACCUCCUGAACCAGGUCUUCCCACCAGGACAGCCAAGCUGGUCCGACGAGACGUACUGUGGCCUCUUCAUCUGUCGGAUCUGGCAGUUUGGACACUGGGAGGAAGUGACCAUAGAUGACCGUCUGCCUUGUCUUGCAGGGAGACUCUGCUUCUCCCGGUGCCAGAGAGAGGAUGUGUUCUGGCUUCCCUUGCUGGAAAAGGUCUAUGCCAAGGUCCAUGGGUCCUAUGAGCACCUGUGGGCAGGGCAGGUGGCCGACGCCCUCGUGGACCUAACCGGUGGCCUGGCAGAAAGGUGGAACCUGAAGGACCUGGCCGGAAGCAGCAGGCAGCAGGACAGGUCUGCGGGUGGGCAGGAGCACAGGACCUGUCGGCAGAUGCUGCACCUGAAGGACCGUUGUCUGAUUAGCUGCUCGGUGCUCAGCUCCAGAGCAGGUGCCGGGGUGCUGGGGGAGUUCCACGCUUUCAUCGUCUCUGACCUGCAGGAGUUACAGAGCUGGGCAGGCCAGAGCAUCCUCCUGCUGCGGAUUCUGAACCCCUGGGGACGGCAGUGCUGGCAGGGACUCUGGAGAGAGGGGGGCAAAGGGUGGAGCCAGCUAGAGCCAGCUGACAAGGCCAGGCUCCUGUCCCAGCUCCAGGACGGGGAGUUCUGGGUGGAGGAGGAAGAGUUCCUCAGAGAGUUCGAUGAGGUCACCAUCAGCUUCCCGGUCACAGAGGCUGGCUACCUGCAGAGCCUUUACACAGAGAGGACGCUGUGCCACGCACAGGCGCUGCCUGGUGCCUGGGUCGAGGGGCAGUCAGCAGGAGGCUGCCGGAACAACAGCUGCUUUCCCUCCAACCCCAAGUUCUGGCUGCGGCUGUUGGAACCCAGCGAGGUGUGUGUGGCUGUCCUGCAGAGGCCACAGAGGCACACACAGGGCCGGGCCCGGGCUUUGGUGGGCCACGGUCCUGCCCCAGCUGGCCUCCCAGGCAAGGACUGCCAGGCUGUGGGCCUGCACAUCUGGAAGGUGGAGAAGCGGCGGGUCAGCCUGCCAAGGGUCCUGUCUGCGCCCCCGGUGGCAGGUACUGUGUGCCACGCUUACGACCGAGAGGUACACCUGCGCUGUGAACUCUCGCCAGGCCACUACCUGGCUGUCCCCAGCACCUUUCUGAAGGACGUGUCUGCGCAGUUCCUGCUGCGGGUCUUUUCUACCGGGAAGGUGUCCCUUAGCCGUGCUGAGAGACCAGAGGCCCAGGGCACCGACCCCAGGGCAGCCCUGCCCGCCGGCCAGAUGGAGACCAUGCAGCUGCGGGGUUGCUGGAAAGCCGGCCAAACUGCAGGCGGCAGCAGGAACUUUGCCUCCUACCCCUGCAACCCCUGCCUUCCUUUCUCGGUCCCUGAGGGUGCUGGUCGCCGCUGCGUCCGCAUCACCCUGCAGCAGCACUGCCGGCUGGGUGACAGCCAGCUUCACCCCAUCGGCUUCCACGUCUUCCAGAUUUUAGAGGGUGGUGAGAGCCAGGAUGUGCAGUCCCUUCUUCUCCAGGAGCCACUGCUGAGCUGUGUGCCACACUGCUAUGCCCAGGAGGUGAGCCGGCUCUGCCUGCUGGCUGCCGGUACCUACAGGGUUGUGCCCUCCACCUACCUGCCAGAUGCAGAGGGCACCUUCACAGUGACCAUCGCCACCAGAGUGGACAGGUGCUCCAUCCACAGCCAGGAGGUACUGGGCCACUUUCUCCAGGAGGCCUCCAUUACGUCAGUGAUGAAAACCUAACGGCGCCCUGUGUGCCAGCCAAGGUGGCUGGAGCAUCUGUUCUUGGUGCCUGGGCAACUGGUUCUGAGCCUGGCGCGUUGGCCCUGCAGAGCAGCAGGGUGCCAGGGCCAAGUGAGGGCCCUGUCCU